GAAAAAGAAAAAAUGAAAGGAAAAAGGAAUAUUUAAGUGCAAAAAAGAAAAAAGAGCAAGAACCACAACAAUAGCGUUUAGUUAUCAAAGAAAGAAUAAUAACAACAAUGGUGUUCUCUUCUAAUCCAUUAGCGCUAAGCGUACCCGAACCCGCCUUCGAAUCAUGGCUUCGCGACACCGGCUACCUCGAACUCAUCGACCAACGAACUUCCGCCGCCGCUGACGCCGUCUCAACCACCACCGUCAAUUCCACCUCCUCCCCUUUAGUUCCCGCCACUUCUCUCUCUUCCAAACUCCUCACCCUCCUCUCCUUCCUCACUCUCAACCCCUUCGCCAAACUCACCGCCGAUGAUUUCUCCGCAGAUACUCCUUCUUGGUCACGCUCCUUCGUUGGUUCAUCUGAUUCCUACUCUUUUCCUUCUUCUCCUUCUCAAGCUCGCUUUCGUGUUCAUGAAAAUGUUAAGCGUUAUGCUCGGAAUUAUUCUUAUCUCUUUAUUGUUUUCUUCGCUUCUGCACUGUAUAAGAUGCCACUUGCUCUUGUUGGGUUGAUAUCAUGUUUGGCCCUGUGGGAUUUCUUCAAGUUCUCUAGUGACAAAUGGGGAUUGGAUCAAUAUCCUGUGAUUCGGCAGUGCUUGCUUCGCAUUGCCCAAUGUGCAACAGCAGUUAUUCUAAUAUAUUCCAAUGUUCAAAUGGCUCUCUUUUGUGCCAUAAGUGUCAGCUAUGCAGGAGUGAUACUGCAUGCUGCAUUUCGGAAGUUGACCCCUGCAAAGCAACCUUCUACGGUCAGAGGUGGAUAGUUAGUUAAUCAAAGAAACAGCGGCACACUUGCCUUUAUCCAGAACAUCAUACUUCGGUGAUUCAAGAGGCUUUGGUACUGAAUAUAGUUCUUACAUGUAGAAGGGGACACAAUUUGGUACAGAAGAUUGUGCAAUGUAGAAUCCAGGUAACAGGUAUAGGCAUAGGUUUUGAAUAAUGCCCUCUCCAUGGCAAGAGCAAGGCUAUCAUAUGGUCUUUCAGUAGGUGCCAGUUUUGAUGUUUUGUCCAUGAUUAUAUUUUACAUGUUGUAAGAAGAUUUUCAAUAUUUAUACAUUCAAGUAAUAUCUUAUUGUUAAUA